AUGGAUUAAUAUUAACCAAAUGAAGCACAAGAAUCACAAUUAGCAAAAACUAUCAUAAAUAUUGUUAAAAAUUAAAAAAAUAUUAUUAGUCAAAUAAAAGAUGAAUUCCCUUAAAUUCCAUAAAAAAGCACUGUGUUUAUCUUUUUGGGAGAAUUUGGAUUAUAAUUUCUUAAUUUCUAUGCUCAUUUUUUAACCAAAUAAGUCAUUUAAGUUAAUAAAUACUAUAAAUUAGUAAAAGUAGAAGAUUAAGGAAAAAUUUAUUAUUUAUUAAAUUUUCCUAUGAUCUUAUUAUAUGAUGAUCAAAAUGAUGAAAUAGCAUAGAAUUUAUGUAUUUCUAAAAUUUAUGCUGAAAUGGCAUUAAAAUAAAUGGAAAAAUGUUCUUUUAAUUUAAUAUUAGAUAAUUAAUAAAUAAAAGGAGAUGAUGAUUUGGCAAAGUUGGAUAAUGUGAUUAAAGAUUCAAUAUUUUAUUUUGGAUCUUAUUAUUUUAAUGAAGAUAACUUUUUCUUGUUAAGACAUCAAGUAGAAAAUCGAUGGGAUUAUCUAUAAUUUUCAAAAUCAAAUGGAUUUUUUUCUUAUUUUUCAUAGAAAUAAUAAAUUUAAACUCAGAAUGUUGGCUAAAAUGAAAUUUUGAAUUCAAUCAUUAAAUCAGGCAAUAUAAUAAAUGUAACCAAAGUAAAAUCAGAAGAUGUCAUCAAUUAUGGAAAAAUGAUAACAUAUUUAUAAAAAUAGUAUGAUUCUUUAAAGGAAUAGUUGAAUCUUAAUAUUCGUCAAUUUUAAUAACUCCUUCUUUACUUAUAAUAGAUGCCAAUCCUCUUUUAUAAUACUGAUGCUACAAACGAAAUUGAAAACUAUUUAAAAGAAUUAUAUCAGGAUUUUGAGGAUAAAAGAAAUCUUCUAACUGAAAAGGCUUCUUAAAUUGUGAAUGUUUACAAAUAUAUUAAUAAGGUGAAUAAACAGGUUAAUGCUUGUAUGAUAAAUAAAAGAUAAGAAAAAGUAUUUAGUCCUUAAAUGAAACAAUUUAAGGAAGAUAAUAAAAUUGAAUAAUUAAAAAUUAAACCUUUACUUAGUGAUGAUCUAAAUGUUAAACUUAAUAGCAUAAUUUAAUUUUUUAUUAAAUAUCUUAAUACAUAAAUAAAAAAUGAUAAAAUUUGUGAAGUGUAAAAAUUAAAAUUAAAUCUUAAAUAAUGGUGUGCCUACUGUCAUGAAUCAUUAGAAAAUACUCUCUAUGAACUAAAAUAUAUCACAUAGAGAAUAUAAAAAGGACCAGAGAAAGAAAUUGAAAAUGGAAUAUAUUUUAUAGGUAUAACAAAAGCAGGAAAAUCUACAAUAAUUAAUUCACUUCUUAAUCCACAUAAAAUUGUUAGAGAAGAAUUUCUAGAUUAAAAAUGUUAUAGAAUUGAUAUGGAGACAAAGUUUAAAAUUGGAGAAGGUUAUAAUAGUGAAACAUAAAAAAUUAGUGGGGUCUACAUAGGUAAAAAGGAAGAAUUAAAUUAAUUCUUUGAUUAAGAUGAAUCAAAUGUUUUUAGUCUUGAAGAAGUAUUGGACUAGAACUAAAAUCAAAAUUGUAAAAUCCCUUAAAAAUGUUUCAUUUUUGAUUGUCCUGGGUUUGAUGAUAAUUCUAAUUAAUUAAUGAGAAUUGCACAUAGGAUAAGUUUAUACAAUUACCUCAGCAAAACAAAAAAUAUAAUUGUAUUUUUUGUAGUUGACAUUUCCUAACAAAAUAUUGAGUAGAUUAAAAAUACUUUUGAUCCAAUAAGCGAUCUUUUGGAAAAUAAAAAUGCCUUAGAAAAGGAUUUUAAAAAAUGGACAAUUUUAAUUCUAACAAAAGCUAAAGAUGGAUCAAGGGAUCAAUAUUUGAAAUUUUGGAAGGAGGUUUAUAAAGAGUAUUUAGAUUAAGAUUAUAGUUUCUAUAAAAAAUUAUUUAAUGAUGAUGAUAGAUGUAUUGAAUUCCCAAAACCAUCAAAGGAUAUAACUAAAAAUAUUAAAAAUUUAGUUGAUUCAAUUCCUUAAAAGUUAUAAAAUUAACUUUAAUAAAAUGAAAGAUUUCAUCCAACUUUCAAACUUGUUAUUGAUGAUAAAGUUUGGAGGCUUUAUGAACAAUGCAUACCUAAAGCUAAAAUGAAAUUAGAAUAAUUAAUAAAUUUUUUAAUUGAAGAUUUAGAUUAAUAUAUUUUAGAAAGUGAUGAUACUAUUAAUUAAAAAAAAGAAUAAAUGCAAAAAAUCUAAAACAUUUUAUUUAGAUAAAUAACAUAGGAUACUUAAAUAACAUAGGAAAACUGUGAAUAAAUCCUUAAAGGUAUAUCUGAUUGGGUAAAGGGAAAUCACCACUUAAAACAUAAUGAUUUUUUCCUUUAAUUAUACAUUGAAGAUAUGAAAUCCAUUUUAACAAUAUCAAAAUAUUGCUAAAAUAAUAAUAUAGCGCCUUUUGAAAUUAAAAUUGAUAACCUAGUUAAUAAAAUUAAAACAAUCCUUAAAAUGAUUGAAUAAACCAUUUAGUAUUAUAAAAAUUGGAAGUACACUGGAUAUGCUACUAGUUUUAUAACAGGAAUAGCGACUUGUGGUACAUCUCUAGCUUUAUUAGAAGUUGGAGUUGUGGCUAAUUUGGCUAGGCAAUUUUUAUUAACAAGAGGUUCAUUGUGGGUAGCAACUGUAAGUUCAGGAUCCCUUUCAGCAAGUACUAGUGGUUUAAGUGUAGUUUUAAAUUUUAUUGAAUCCUGGAAAAAUACACAUUUAAAAAAGAUUUAUAAAAAUGAAUUGGAGAAAUAAUAAUAAUAAGAAUAAUAGAACGCGUGAA